AUGAACAAUUGUGACCACAAACAGAACAUCAAUCCGUGGUAUCAAAAGGCGCGCGCUUUUGCUCAGCUCAAAAACGACCAAGAGAAGCAGAAAAUGAUGGUUAUGCCUCAGCACAUCUCCAACUACAUCUACGCGUUAAAUCAGAAGGUGGACAGGCUGUUGGCAGAGAAUUUGGAGCUAAAACGGGCGCUUAACGCGAAUGCGAUGACCACCACCAAAACAUCAGAGUUGAUCAAACGGCUUGCCAGUGAAUCGACCGACUUCUCCAAGAGCAAGCGACACAAGUUUGACGACAAAGUGCCAAUCGCUAUGCCUUCUGUGGCUGCCAAUAAGGUAGUGUCGGUAAAGGGCAAAGAGGAAAAGCCAAAGAAUGAGCCCGAACUUAUCAACCUGGAUGACGAUGAAAGCGAGAGCGGCGAAAAGGCUUCAGUCAUGCCGACUACAACCAGUUUGCAAGCAAAGGUAGUGGUGCGCUACCCGCCCGAAGAGAAGAAACAGAUCCUGCUGUUGGGCCAAGAUCUGAUGUGCUUGCGUGACGGGCAGUACCUGAAUGACAACAUCGUCAACUUCUAUAUGAAGCACUGGGAGAAGACGAUGCUACCAGAGAACCUGCGCGACCGCAUCUUCAUCUAUGACGCCCUCUUCUCUGUGAGCUUGACUAAAUUGAAGAAAGGCAUGUUUGACGACCGUUUGAAGUCGUGGACAAAGGGCGUAGACAUCUUCAAGAAGGACUACCUCUUCAUGCCGUUCAUCAAAGACAAGCACUGGUUUUUGGUCAUUCUCUGCAACAUCUACAAUCUGAUGUCAAAAGUGCAAACGCCGAGUUCAGUUGCGGGCGAACCGAAGAAAGCCACCAUCAUCUUCAUGAAUUCGCUCUGCAACAACAACGAUAGUGAAAUGGACCUCGUAGUGAAGAGUAACGUCAAGGCGCUGCUAAAGUACCUGGAAUGGGAGUUCAACGAGAAGAACUGCAACGGUGGACCUAAGGUGACCAGGCUCUCCAACUACCAAAUCCUGACACCCAAAGUGCCACAGCAGCCCAACCUCUACGACUGCGGCCUUUUUGUUCUGAAGUACUUUGAAUACUUCCUUAAGGACCCAGAAAACGUGCUGGCAUGUAUGGAGAACAACCCGCAUUCAUUGACAAAUUGGUUCGAGCCGAAGCGCCAGAAGAAGAAGCGCAGCAAAAUUCACCAGCUGAUCGUCAGCUUGAUGUCGGUGGACGAUGUCAACCAGCUGAAUAAGGAGACGGUCGAUUACAAGGGAUUGUAA